AUGGGAAAACCGGUGAUUGUGGCAACAAACAUGUUGGAGAGCAUGAUUUACCAUCCAACUCCAACAAGAGCAGAAGUCACAGACAUUGCAAUUGCAGUACGAGAAGGUGUUGAUGCCAUCAUGCUCUCUGGUGAAACUGCCAUGGGAAAGUAUCCAUUGAAGGCUGUCAAAGUAAUGCAUACUGUGGCACUGAGGACUGAAUCAACUUUGUCAAACAUCUCCCCUCCAAGUCCGGCUACUGCUCUCAAAGAUUCCUGUCUCUCUAUGUUUGGCUUCCAUGCAACUACAAUGGCAAACACUCUUAGCACAUCCAGUCUUGUCUUCAUGAGAACGGGAUCAAUGGCUACACUGUUAAGCCACUAUCGGCAUUCCUCUACCAUCUUUGCCUUCACGAAUGAAGAAAGGGUUAAGCAGAGGCUGGCACUUUAUCAUGGGGUGCUGCCCAUAUAUAAGCAGUUUUCCAAUGAUGCAGAAGAGACAUUCUCUCGAGCUCUGAAUCUCUUGCUGAGCCGAGGUUUGUUGGAGGAGGGAGAGCAUGUUACUCUUGUCUAGACUAGAGUGGAAC